AUGGUUUACUUCUUCUUUGAUCACUUUCUUUGGUUAUCAAGAAUCGGUACACUAGACCCCAAGAUCGCCAAGAGAAUGAGUUUCAUCUCGGCCUUUGGUGAAUCUUUUGGCUACGUUUUCUUUAUCGUCAUUGAUUGCAUUUUCAUAAGGCAGAGACUCAAAUCCUUGAAAACGCUCCGGUAUUCGAUUGAUGAUAAGCCGAAAGAAGAAACUGGCGAAAAGAUUAAGGAGAUUCAGGGGGAUAUAGUGAUGAGAUUGAUGGGAAUCUCGGCUAACAUUGCGGAUUUGAUUAUCGCAUUGGCCGAAAUUGAACCAAACCCGUUUUGUAACCACACGGUUACACUCGGUAUAAGCGGUUUGGUUUCAGCUUGGGCCGGUUGGUAUAGGAAUUGGCCAUCGUGA